AUGUUUUAUUCAGAUUUGAUGGAUACCAGUGCUAGUCAUCCUGCACUCAUGUUACAAGAUGAGCAAGACAUUGGUUCUCAUUUGCCCACUUUUGACAAUGACUUGUUCAAGAAAAAGAUAAACGCCAACAUGAUGGUCAUUAUCUCUGGUGUCAACUCGCCUCAAGAUAUCCUUCCUGCUCAUGAUCCAUCCUUUUUUGUUUCGGAUGAUGAAAGUCAAGAAUAUGCCUCUUUUGCAGAAGCCACAUUUGACCAAAUGAAUACAGAUGAUGUUACUGUCACCACUUACAAGGAUGGAAAGACGGAGAUUAGACAAGGUGAGGAAAUCAUUCCCGUUUCUUCUCUUUUGGUCGAUGAAUCAUUUGAAUAUUUCAAGAAUGAUUUCUCCCAAUUAAACGUUGAGCUCUUUGACAAGACAAAAGCAGCUGAUGUAAAGUUUGUCGGUGAGGUUGAAGAUGUCAGAGAGACUUUUGCUAAUGGUAGAAAGUACGAGCCAUUUGAUAUGAGAGUGAUUGAAAUUAAUGCUUUAGAGACCAUUGCUAAUGAAUAUGGUGUUGCCUCCGAGCAAUACAAGGAAGCCAGCCUCAUUUUGAGAGAUCUUUUUGAAAAGUUCGUUAUACCAAACUUCCAACAAUUACACAGCGGUAGUGUUUCUGCCUUUAUCUUGACACCAGCCGUCAAGCAACAAAAGUUACGCCGUGGAGUCGCUUCUACCAUGCUCCAAGCCAAUGAUGUCUGUUACAAGUCUGCUUCUGAUUGUAAUAAUGGCACCAGUCACUGCAGUGGAAAUGGUCAGUGCACAUCCGUAGGGGGAGAGUGUUUCAGCUGUCAAUGCAAAUCAUCUGCUUUUGUUGGUGAAUCGUGUCAAUAUAUCAAUUCCGUGGCUGAUUUCCAAUUGUUGUUCUGGACAGCUGUUCUCUUGAUUGUCAUUACUUCGAGUGUUGUUGUCUGUAUCUAUCAAAGUGGAGAUAUUGUUGAUGGUGGUAUCAUCAUGGCUCAGUCCCUUCCCAAGCAAGAUUAA